UUUCAUUUCUGAUAUUUUUCUCUCCCCCUCUCCGUUUGUGGGAAGCUUGAGCUUUUUAGUAGUAAAACUUCACUGAGAAUUCAUAUUUUUCUCGACAAAAUUUGUGAAUUUUUCGUUCAGAAGUUUCCAAGAACUCGAACUUCAGAAAUACUUUACUAUAUAUUUUGUAUAGAAGUAUACAGGCUUGCGUGUUUCGGAUCACGAUCAGUGUACGAAUUCUGAUAUACCUCAUCCCACUGUUGAAAUUCAAGAUUCUGACUAAAUUGGUGGCGAGCACAUUGAUUUCAUCUACUUCUUAGUUCUUUUGUAGUUGGCGUUUGAACCAAAUCAUGGCGCAGAGUAAUUGGGAAGCUGAUAAGAUGCUUGAUGUUUACAUUCAUGACUAUUUGUUGAAAAGAAAAUUGCAUGCCUCUGCCAAAGCUUUCAUGGCUGAAGGGAAGGUCGCCACGGAUCCAGUAGCGAUUGAUGCGCCUGGAGGAUUUCUCUUUGAAUGGUGGUCUGUCUUUUGGGAUAUCUUUAUUGCAAGGACGAAUGAGAAACAUUCCGAGGCUGCUGCGGCUUAUAUAGAGACACAACAAAUGAAAGCAAGAGAGCACCAACAACAGCUGCAAAUGCAGCAGUUGCAACUCAUUCAGCAGCGCAAUGCUCAGUUGCAACGAAGGGAUCCUAAUCAUCCUCCCCUUGGCAGCCCCAUCAAUGCUGACGGAAUGAUGGGGCAGCCAUCAGCCAGUGUAUUGGCUAUGAAAAUGUAUGAAGAACGAAUGAAGAACCCUCGUUCAAUGGAUUCGGAGGCAUCUCCAGCUCUUAUUGAUGCCAAUAGGAUGGCCCUUCUCAAAUCAGCUUCCACUCACCAAGGCCAGUUGGUACAAGGAAGUUCUGGGAGCAUGUCUGCAGCUUUGCAGCAAAUGCAGGGAAGAAAUCAACUGACCACUGAUAUCAAAGGGGAAGUUAACUUGGGUGCAACUCAGAAAAGUUUGUCUAUGGAUCCUUCAUCAAUUUAUGGACAAGCAAUUUUGCAGUCAAAAUCUGGAUUGGGUGGUGCAGGGUUAAACCAAGGUGUCUCUGGUCUUCCAUUGAAGGGUUGGCCUCUAACUGGAAUUGAUCAAUUACGACCAAGUUUAGGAAUGCAAGUACAAAAACCUAAUCUACCAACCCAAAAUCAGUUUCUUUUGGCAUCACAGCAGCAGCAGGUAUUGGCACAAGGCAAUCUUGGAAAUUCCACUAACUAUGGGUUUAGUGGACUACCAAGGGGUUCCUUGAAUAUGAAAGAUGGUCAACCCACAAGAAAUGAUGGAUCUAUAUGCUCCCCUGUGCAAUCAAAUUCACCAAAGAUGAAGAUGGCACAAAUGCAGCAGUCGUCAUCUCAACAACAUGAUCAAUUGCAGCAGCAGCAAUUACAACAGCAUAACAGAAAAAGAAAACAACAUUCUUCAUCUGGUGCCGCCAACAGUACAGGUACAGGGAAUACGGUGGGUCCUUCACCAAACUCUCCAGCAUCAACUCACACACCUGGUGAUGGAAUAACUACAGCAAGUAGUCUGCAAAAUGUCAGCAGUGUGCCAAAAAGCUUGAUGAUGUAUGGAGCAGAGGGAGCAGGAGGUCUUGCAUCGUCUACAAAUCAGCUGGAUGACAUAGAACCUUUUGGAGAUGUUGGUUCCCUUGGUGAUAACGUAGAAUCAUUUCUCCCGCAUGAUGGAGGAGAUGGACGGGAUUUAUAUGGCUUAAAACAAAGUCUUACUGAGCACAAAGCAGAGUCUUCCAAGGGUUUCUCCUUUGGGGAAGUUGGUUGUAUACGGACAGGAAAUAAGGUUACCUGCUGUCAUUUUUCUUCAGACGGGAAGUUGCUAGCUAGUGCUGGACAUGACAAGAAGGCUGUUCUUUGGAACAUGGAUACCCUGCAAACAGAAAGCACUCCAGAAGAGCACCAGUAUUUAAUUACAGAUGUUCGUUUCAGGCCGAAUUCGACUCAGCUAGCGACAGCAUCAUUUGACAAGUCUGUGCGUCUAUGGGAUGCAGCUAAUCCAAGCUAUUGUUUGCAUGCAUAUACUGGCCACAGUUCACAUGUUAUGUCCCUAGAUUUCCAUCCCAAGAAGAACGAUCUAUUCUGUUUUUGCGAUAGUAACAACGAUAUUCGCUAUUGGAAUAUCAAUCCAUUCUCAUGCGCUCGUGUUUCCAAGCAGGGAGGCAGUGCACAAGUAAGAUUUCAACCUAUAAUUGGACGUCUACUGGCAGCAGCAUCAGAUAAAGUGGUGUCCAUCUUUGAUGUCGAAACUGAUAGGCAAACCCAUUCAUUCCAGGGGCACUCCGGAAUGGUAAACUACCUAUGCUGGGAUCUCAACGGUGAUUAUUUGGCAUCUGUCAGCGAGGAGUCUGUAAAAGUUUGGUCAUUAAACUCAGGGGAGUGCAUUCAUGAGCUCAAUUCAAAUGGAAACCAAUUCCAUUCUUGUGUAUUCCAUCCAAGUUAUUCAGCUCUCUUGGUGAUUGGUGGAAUGCGGUCAUUGGAGCUGUGGAACAUGGCUGAGAAUAAGAGCAUGACAGUUCCAGCACACGAGAAUAUAAUCGCUGCUUUGGCACAGUCACCUGUCACAGGAAUAGUUGCCUCUGCAAGUCAUGACAGCUCUGUGAAGUUAUGGAAAUAAGGAAAGGUAACAAGUACCGACUUGUCUGGUAAAUGUCACCAAAGGGUGUUACUAUACGUCUCCGGGUGCUAGUUUUGUAUAUUAUUAUAAUGAGAAAUGUAAUAUUGUUAUGUUUGCUAAUCUAAAUGUGUUUAUUUGGAGCUUUCUUGGGUUUAAGAUGGGGACUUGGGGAGUGUCAAGUUUCAAAUAGAGCAGAUUGUUUGGUGAAGAGUGAGGAGACGGUUGCAAUUUCUUCAUUAGCGUAAUAAUUUGGUCGGUAGCAGAGCACUAAUUUAUGGAUAGAUAGGUGGUGGUUUUGUCGCUGGAAAAUAGAAAUGGAGGCUGCUGUAUUAGUAGUAGAUCAUAUAAUUCCCUUGAAUGUGCAGGAAAUCUAAUGUUUCUUCUGGUUUUUUCCGUCUUUGAAGGCUGAUCCUCUCUUUGUAGAAAUCGUCUUAUAUUCAAAUCUUGUAAUAUAAGGGUUCUCAUGUAUUGGACAAAAAUUUUGAAACGCACGGUACUAAGUUACAUGAAUAGAAUUUGAUGCAAUGACGAAUUUGAUAAAUAUAUUAUUUUAUUAUUUA